AUGGUGGACAUCCUCCUCCCGCGGCCGCUCCCGGGCGCCAUGGGGGAGCCCUCCAAGAGGCGGCCGGGGCUGGCCCUGUGCGCGGGCUGCGGGGGCCGCAUCCAGGACCCCUUCCUGCUGCGGGUGUCGCCGGACCUGGAGUGGCACGUCGCCUGCCUCAAGUGCGCCGAGUGCGGGCAGCCCCUGGACGAGACCUGCACAUGCUUCUUGCGCGACGGCAAGGCGUACUGCAAACGGGAUUACAGCAGGCUCUUCGGCAUCAAGUGCGCCCAGUGCCGGGCGGCGUUCAGCAGCAGCGACCUGGUGAUGCGCGCCCGCGACCACGUCUACCACCUGGAGUGCUUCCGCUGCGCCGCCUGCGGCCGCCAGCUCCUGCCCGGCGACCAGUUCUGCCUGCGGGAGCGCGACCUGCUCUGCCGCGCCGACCACGGGCCGCCCCCCGACGGCGCCGCCGCCCGCGGACCGCGCAGCCCCGCGCUGCCGCCGGCCGCCGCCACUCACCUCGCAGAGCCGGUACCCGGGCGGCCGCCCGCCCCGCGACCGCCGGCGCACAAGGCGGCGGAAAAGACCACCCGCGUGCGGACGGUGCUGAACGAGAAGCAGCUGCACACGCUGCGGACCUGCUACGCGGCCAACCCGCGCCCCGACGCCCUGAUGAAGGAGCAGCUUGUGGAAAUGACGGGGCUCAGUCCCCGCGUCAUCCGCGUCUGGUUCCAGAACAAGCGCUGCAAGGACAAGAAGAAGUCCAUCCUCAUGAAACAGCUCCAGCAGCAGCAGCACAGCGACAAGACGAGCCUGCAGGGCCUCACCGGGACGCCGCUGGUGGCUGGCAGCCCCAUCCGCCACGAGAGCGCCGUGCAGGGCAGCGCCGUGGAGGUCCAGACCUACCAGCCUCCCUGGAAGGCGCUCAGCGAGUUCGCCCUGCAGAGCGACCUGGAGCAGCCCGCCGCCUUCCAGCAGCUGGUCUCCUUCUCCGAGUCCGGCUCUUUGGGCACCUCCUCCGGCAGCGACGUGACCUCGCUGUCCUCCCAGCUCCCCGACACCCCCAACAGCAUGGUACCCAGUCCGGCCGAGACGUGA